CGCGAUUGCUUCCUUUACCGAUCUCUUCUUUCUCUUCAUUUUUUUUUUUUUUUCCUUUUUACUGUCGGUGUUGUGUGCCACCUCUCCGCCACAAUUGUCACUCUCGUUCUCUUUCUCUCUCUUUUUCUCCCUCUUUCUGUUUCUCUCGCCGCUUUCUACACAUCAUGCAUAACUCGCUGAUGCUCUCCGACAAUUCUUAGCUAAAAUAGUUCGACCGCGUCUCUUGCUCGGCCCCGGGUGUUACAGAUGCCAUCCGCGACUUUGUAAACAAACAAAUACCGGGGGAUGUCCGCGAGAUAAGUUUCUCCCUCUUCCCUUCGAACGAAGAUGUCUUCAUCAAUGGCCAUAAGCCUGUGCAUAAUAUGGAGUCUAUUUGCUAGUUCUAUCUCAUAUACCGAAGAAGUCGUGCAUUACCGCACUUAUCCGUACGGAUACAAAAACUCGUACGUCUCGCCGAGGAGAGGAUGGCAACACUACUGGAAUACCCCUUCUGGACCGAGCAGAUCGGACAAGAUGUAUGCCCGCAGAGACACGCAAAGUCCAUAUACCCAAUUGAGAAAGGUAGAACAUAGCGAUCCUCUGGCUACCAUCAGCGAGACCCUAGGCGCCCUGAACACGGUGGGCAACUAUAUCGUUAAUAUGACUAGAGGCGUCGAGAUCUCGAAUUAUCCGCCGAAGGAAUUACCCUCAGCGUUGUACACUAUCUCUAAAAAUAUUUUAGGUCGCAAUGUGACGGACAGUAUAGCGCCUUUAGUGCGUGGCGUUGCAUUGCCACUAACGCAAACGAUCACGUCUUCCACACAAGCGCCGUCGGUCCAGCAGCAACAGCAGCCUGUGGAAGAACUUGAAAACAGAGACAAGGAGUCCACUCUAAUCUCAUGCACGACUGCCGAAGGUGAAUCCGGCAAAUGCCAGGAUCUCAGUAAUUGUCCACAAUUGUUGCUUGAUUUUAACAAGCUGAGACUCUCGUGGUGCUUCAAGAGACUCAUUGUGCCAGGAGUUUGCUGCCCAGUAGACAAAAUCAGCAAUCCUUCCAUUCUCAAUAUCACUGGAGGUGGGUCUUCCGGAAUUAACGUUGGACAUCCUUCACGACCAACCAUUCGACCAACGAAAACCCCCACACCGCGCCCAAUACCGUUGUAUCCAGUGACAUCUUCGACGACGAGACCUACAACGCAUAUUAUUUUAUCACCAGUUCCGUUGGUUAACAAUACGAAUGGCUUCGAAACAAUAACGACAAUCGACAAUAAUUUGAUUCAAGACGAUGAUGAGUGCGGGAUGAUAUAUUCAGGUGGUCGGGGACGAGUGGUCGGGGGCGAAGAAGCGAUAUCUGGUCGUUGGCCUUGGAUGGCGGCGAUCUUUCUUUACGACUACCGGCAACAUAAUACAGAGUUCUGGUGUGGGGGAACGUUGAUAGGACCACGCCACAUCCUCACCGCUGCUCAUUGCACGCGCAAUAAAGAGCAGCAACCUUUCUCUCCUCGCCAGUUUACUGUACGUCUCGGCGAUAUCGAUCUAGAAAGAGAUGAUGAGCCCUCAUCGCCAGAGACUUACGCAGUGAAGAAGAUUCAUGCGCACCAAAGGUUCACGCGCGUCAAUUAUCACAACGACAUCGCUAUCUUCGAACUUACCAGCAUCGUAAGAAGGUCGCCGUAUGUGGUACCCAUUUGCUUGCCAAAGUCUCGUGGAGAUUCGUUGGUUGGCUUCAGACCAACGGUCGCCGGUUGGGGCAGCACUUACUACGGUGGAAAAGAGAGCUCCGUUUUACGACAGACAGUUCUACCUAUAUGGAAGAAUGAGGACUGCAACACGGCUUACUAUCAUCCAAUCACUAGCAACUUUUUGUGCGCCGGUUAUAGACAAGGCGGCAGGGAUGCGUGUCAAGGUGAUUCGGGUGGACCGUUGAUGUUGCGGAUCGAAAAUCGAUGGACACAAAUCGGCAUUGUCUCGUUCGGCCACAAAUGUGGUGAACCCGGCUAUCCUGGAGUAUACACGCGAGUCUCCGAAUACCUAAACUGGAUUAAAGAUAAUGUCAAGUGAUAAUUGAAUUACACGGCAGAAUUGAAUAUUUACAUU